UCCGGGGGUUUGUUUUCAUCCAGAGAGAGGCGGAAGUGGAACUGUCAAGGGGAGGCUUUCUUUCCCCGCUUCACUGUAGAAUAUUUUUUUACAUACAUAUAUUGGGGACUCUCUACCGAUACUACAGUGGAAAUGCAGCACUUUAAACUCAGUCGAGACAAACUGUACAGCACCAGAUGCUGCGGUUGUUGUCAUGUCCGGACGGGGACGAUCAUCCUCGGAACAUGGUACAUGGUGAUCAACUUGUUGAUGGGGAUCCUGCUAACGGUUGCCGCAACUCAUCCGGAAAGCGUUCCCUCUGUCAACUUACAGUAUGCAGUUAUUGACCAUUACUUAACAUCUGACAGGAUGUCAGGUAAUGCCGGUGCCGGAUUGGCCAUUUCUCUGCUGAUGGUCACUAUUAGUGCAAUGUUGCUGUAUGGCGCCAUUACACAUCGCAGUGGGCUUCUCAUCCCGUUCUUCUGCUACCAGAUGUUUGACUUUUCCUUAAGCUGCCUGGUGGCCUGCAGCUCUCUCACCUAUUUGCCUCGGAUACAGGAGUACCUGGACCAGCUGCCGGAUUUCCCGUACAAGGAUAACCUCCUGUCUCUGGAUUCUCGGUUCCUGUUUUUCUUCGUGCUCAUCCUGUUCACCUUCCUUAUUGUCCUCAAGGCCUAUUUGAUGAACUGUGUGUGGAACUGCUACAAGUACAUCAACAACAGGAACAAACCGGAUGUCGCCGUUUUCCUCUCCUUUGAGAAUGAGGCCCAGUCGGAUCUGCCCACCUACGAGAUGGCAGUAAACAUGCCCGACAAGGACCCUCCUCCGCCUUACAUGCCCAUGUCUUAAGGACCAGCCCACUGUGGACAACACAAGCCGCCAAAUGCAUUUCUACAUUCCCUCACUAACCCUCCCCACCUCUUAUCUACUUCCAUAUUUUCCGCAAAGAUGACUUUCAUUUAAUGUUUCAAUCCCAUGCAGUCAACAAUCCAGCAUCAUCCUCAUGUAGACUGACAACCCACUUAUCGUAGCUCUUUAGUCGUUGAUCUUGUUAAGACUUAAGAAGAGUCGCAUCUCGGUUUCGGGAAGCACGCCACAGCACUAUUUUUUGGGGUUAUUUAUUUAGCUUUGCUGUGGUUCACUACCAUCACUACCACCAGCUCCGAUGUUUACAUCACACUCUGCUGCCAGCUAGUUUUCCAGCAGUGAGGGAGGGAGAAAGAAAGUUGCUUUGCCACCAGCUUGACAUCAACUCAUCUGUCGUGAAACAUUUGUUGUUGCAUGCCCUCCCAUUACUUAACCAAGUUUCUUUUGUUCCAUUCCAUUAAACCCACUUUAUCAUAUUUGUCUUCAAUAAAGAGUUGACACCAUA